UAUUGCAGAAUUAUGGACGGAACGGGUGAAGAUGGAAAUGAGUACAGAUGGGAGGGAGGGUAUGAAAAAACGUGGGAAAGUAUUCAAGAAGAUAAGGAUGGUAUGCUCGAUGUAUCUGUACAGGAUAUCAUCCAGAAGGCUCGGCGGAGAAGAUUGGCUGAAAGGCAAGGCAAAACUAAGCUUGGCAUGAUGAGGCAUCUGUACAUUAUCUUAGAUAUGUCGGAAAGCAUGAAAGCUCAGGAUAUAAAACCAACCAGGUGGUUGUGUUGCCUGAAACUUUUGGAGAAGUUUAUCGAAGAAUAUUUUUAUUUGAAUCCUAUAAGUCAAAUCGGUUUAGUUACAUCAAGUAAUAAAAGAGCUGAGAAGGUGUCAGAUAUGACAGGCAACCCGCGAAAACAUAUAGAGGCUUUAAAGAGCUUAAAAGAUAAACCUUGCUCUGGAGAACCAUCCCUUCAGAAUUCUUUGGACCUUGUGAUACAAUCUUUGAAAAAUAUGCCCUCACACACAAGCAGGGAAGUAUUAAUUUUGAUGGGCAGCCUAACUACUUGUGACCCGGGAGAUAUUAAUAAAACAAUUCAAGAGGCACAUGACCUAAAAAUAAAAUGUUCUGUGAUAAACCUUGCUGCAGAAGUAAGAAUUUAUCGUGAGCUAGUAACCAGGACCGGAGGAAUGCAUGCGGUUAUUUUAGACGAUCAUCAUCUGCGAGACCUGCUCACUGAGCACCUAAACCCUCCGCCUAGUUUAAUAGCACAACAAGCCAGUCUGAUCAGAAUGGGGUUUCCAAGUCAUGCAGGGAGAGAAGAUGGGGAUGGGGCCCUUGGAAUGUGUUUGUGUCACAUGGAUACAGGAGGAGAAAAAAUUACAUCAUCAGGAUACAUUUGCCCUCAAUGUCAAGCAAGAUACUGUGAACUACCUGUUGAGUGUAGAGGUUGUGGCUUAACUCUAGUCUCAGCACCUCACCUGGCCAGAUCUUAUCAUCAUUUAUUCCCUCUCCUUAUUUUCAAGGAAGUUGAACCCCGAAAUGUUCCUGCAGAUAGAAGCUGGUGCAAUGGAUGUGGUCAACUGUUCAAACCAGAUAAAGACAAGGCUGUUUAUCAGUGUCCUCAAUGCGAUCAGUUGUACUGUGUUGAGUGUGAUCUAUAUAUUCAUGAAACCCUUCACAGUUGUCCAGCCUGCUGCUCUAGACCUACUCCGCCUUCAAACCAAACAAAUGGUUCAAUGAUGAAUGGGGUUUCUUAGUGUUUUUACUCAAGAACUAUGGGAUAUGCUUUAACCCAACUGUGGAGUGAACUCCUAAUAUUUUUUAUCCGAGAAAACUUAUUCUUAUUCCAAAGUUUUCAGAUACGCAAUUUUGCAAAGGUCAUUUUCAGUUUGUUCCAGAAUUAAUGGCUCGGAACCUGUAAAAUGUGAUUUCUAACCAUGAAAUAAGUUUAAUUGCAUUAAAAAUGAAAUAAGAUUUCAAUGCAAAAAAUGCUUUUUAAAUAAGACAGGUUUAGAUUUAACGAAGUAGUCUAUAUUGAUUUAUUUCUUUCCUGUGUGUUUUAAGUUAACACAUUUUUUUAAAACAUAAAAGCAUGAAAAUAUGUGUUAUUGAUUCUUUUUCUAACGUGCCUUAUAUUUGUAAAAUUGAGCCAUUUGGAUGAAAUUAAGAAUCAAUUUUUUUCAGAAA